UGCUCUAAAGUCUGAGUAAAACAUGAAAUUAUUAACUAUUGAAGUAUAUUUUUAUGAAAUAUGUGCCGUUCUUGUCAAGCCCAAUCUUGCUAGCUUCGUUUUUAGACCAAAUUUUCCGAAUGGCGUGAUUAUGUUAAGCUGAUGAUGUUAGUUAGAUGCGAUAAAGUGCCCCUUCAUUAGUGUCAUGUCAUUGGCCAUUGCAUUAAAAGUCAUCGCAUCUUAAAAUAUACAAACAGACAAUUGAAGAGACAGAUAAACGUCCUUACGUAAAGAGGCUAAUUGUUCUCUAAAGUAGUUUCAACGCCCAGUUACAACGUUUUGUUGCGAUCAGCGGUUGGAUUCUUUCAAUUUGUCAAUUCUCAGGAUGAUUAUCCAUUUCGCGUUUAUCCUUUUGUGUUUGCCGUGGAUUGAGGGUCGAACUUUGGAGACCUCGGGGGUUGAAGCCAAAUUGUUGGGUCGUUACAUUGACACCCUUUGCUUUUAUGAAGAGUUGAAGCCUUUUCCCAAUGAUUGCUCCAAAUUCUUGCAAUGUAAUAUCCCAUUUGAGUACGAAAUGCCAUGUCCGCCAGGGUUAUACUUUUCAUACCCAGAGCAAACUUGUGAUUGGCCUGAAAACGUGCCCAAUUGCGAUGCACCUCUCAGUCCAACGCCACCAACUACAAACGCCACGACUCUGCCCACACCAACCACAACUAUAACAACCACCACAACCACCACAACCACACCAACAACCACACCAACAACCACAACCACUACUACCACCACUACUACCACCACUACUACCACCACUACUACCACCACUACUACCACCACUACUACCACCACUACUACCACCACAACUACCACCACAACUACCACCACAACUACCACCACAACUACCACCACAACUACCACCACAACAACUACCACCACCCCAACGACAACGACAACAAAGCCCACAAAGUGUAAAGCUGACGGUCAAAUGUUUGACAAUCCCAAUGACCUCACCAAUCACACCUAUAUAUUGUGCUCUGAAAAUGGAGAAGGAUCCGGAUUCAUUGAAAAUGAGAUGCCCUGCAACGAUUAUUUGAUCUUCUACCCGGAAAGAAAAGAGGGUCGAGGCGAAUGUUGGUACCCAUGCAAAAUCGACCCCGCGGUGGACUGUGAUCAAUACCCCAUCCUCCAGGAAGAAUGUGAUCUCGACGCCUUGGUUUGUGAAAAGGAAAACUUCCCCAUGGAUGAGACCUGCACCGGAUUUCGAUAUUGCUACCUCGAUAGGUAUUUUGCAUCACUGUCUUGGGUGGUGUGCGACCAAUUUUGUCCCCAAGGCACAAUCUUCGACGCCAAGGAAGGAGUAUGUCUUCAAGGAAUCAAUUCGGGCAGUUGUGAGGCCAGCUCACCUCCUCCAAGGCCAGAUUUUGAUUGUCCUUCCCUUGGGAAAUUCCCCAAUUGGGAUGAUGUCACGGGACGAACUUUCUUCCAAUGCGAAUAUUGGCCUGAUACUCAAUAUCUGAAAGACUUAUUUGUGGCUUGUCCAGCUGAAAUGACUUUUGAUCAUGCCUCGCAGAAAUGCGUUUGAAACGGAAUAAACCCGUAAUGCAAACUACUUGAA